AUGGGCGCACAAAUCGACCAUGUGAGCUGGGUGGCCCCUGUGGCACCAGCUACGCAAACAAUACCUUACCAAUACACGUCAUUUGGUCAACUGAGUGAAGACGUCCAUUCUGAGACUUUUCUUACGUAUGAUGACAAAAGGGUUUUAUCAUUAGAUAACAUUGAAAAGUUUGUUACACAAGACGUUGUGAGCCUUGCUCUAAGGGACCAAAAAGUACGAGAUAUGGCGAAUGCGAGCAGGUUAAUACUUGAUGGAAAGGCAAAGCUCAUCUUCGUCAUCUUGACGAUGAUGAACGACUUGCGCCUGCUUGAAGAUUUCAUAACUGCCAAGGUUACAGACCAACAUUUGCCCAUUACUUGGAAGGCUGAUGGCACAGGGUAUUCAGAAGACGAAAGUCUCAUCUUCCCACAUUGCAAGACCUGGUCCAUACCUCAGCGGCAUCUCUUCAAGCUGUACCAGGCAGAGGUCAUUUCGCCCACAUUCGGGGACCGUGACCACUUCGAGGUGAAGACAAGUAACAAUCGCAAUCUUCCUUUUUUAAAGGACGAGAACAGCUCGUCUCAGGCUCCCAGCAGUGGCUUUUUUGGGGAGGUAACCAUGAAACUGCUGCAUCGAGCUCAUAUACACGAGCGCGCUUUGCCAAUCUUUGACACUCUUGGCCUCUUGCCUGAGAAUUCUGCAUUUAUGGGAGUCCCAGUGGCCAUCAAAGAAGCCAAAGACGUUGCAGAAGAACUCAGACGCUUCUCCGAAAAGGAGCAGGAGAACUUGAAGCAGCGUCUACAACGAGACUACAAAACCAGUCAUCUGGUCGAACCGAUUGCGGCCUAUCAGCUCAACAGUAAACGUUACUUGGUCUUUCCUUGGGCUGACGGCGGCCAUUUAGGCAAACAUUGGAAGGAAUCUGGCGUCGGUAAACUUGGGCGCUCCCAGGUCCAGUGGAUUAUUGGCCAAUUUGUCGGGAUCUGGGACGCUCUUCAUGAACUUCAUGAUUCCAAUUGUAGGCACGGAGACUUGAAGCCUGACAAUAUCUUGUAUUUCAAAAGCGCCAAAGGAGGUGGAACUUUGCAAAUUGCCGACCUGGGCCUUGCAGCUUUCCAUGAUAAAGAUGCUCAUACUGAAAUUCGCAUGGGCACGUUCACGCCAUCAGGGACUCGACGCUAUGAGCCUCCGGAAGAGGAUAUUCGCAAGGAGGCUAUUCGCCGACAGACUAAUAAGCCCAGAUCAAGAUCCUAUGAUGUUUGGUCUAUGGGAUGCACUAUGCUCGAGCUACUUAUCUGGCUCAUGUACGGUUGGGAAGAUCUCAAGAGGUUCCGAGACCGAACAAACAACUAUUUCUGGACAUACAACAAGGCGCCAUCUAAACCCUUAACCUAUGUUCUUGACCCACAGGUGCAAGCUUGCAUUGCGACAAUGCAAGAACACUCGGCCUUGUCCAAGGCAUAUCAACAGCUUCUUGACCUCAUCAAAAAGCGGUUGCUCAUCAUUCCCUAUCCUCAGAAGCGCGAGGAUACAUCUCCGAGCCUCAGGGCAACUUCCAACGAGGCCCAUCAAACCAUGUCAGAUAUUUACAGCAACUGCAAGACCAACCCAGAAGCAUACAUUAGCUCUGACAGUCUGCGCCGUUCUUCCAGACUCGCAUUUGCAGGCGUUAACUAUGAGCAGGAUGGCCAGCUAAUGGUCCCGAGGCAACACGAACUAAGGCCUCGCAGAGGGCAGUCUCCGUCUUCUUCAUCCGGCAGAUUCAACAGCGUAGACGCGACCACCACCAGCAUUCCGAUUGUAGUACACGGAACAGGCGACGCAAGCUUCGAUUGGCAACCAACUGAAACGACGUCGACGAGGCUGCGUGACAAUUGUCACACCAACGGCAAAGCAUCUAAUGCCUUGUUAGGAAUCCAGAAGCUUAACUGGAGACUGGGAAUUUGCCACUGA